AUGGGCAACUACCUCCGCCUCUUGGCAGUGCUCCUGCCCCUGCUCGCCGUGACGGUGGCCAGCCCGCUGCCCGACUUUGACCUCGAUGCCAUCGCCGAGCUGCCCACCCCCACCUCGAUCCCGGCCGACGUGGCGUACACCGUCAUCGACGUCGCCACCGCAGUCCAGUCGGUUCUGGCCACCGCGACCCCCGCUGCCGCCAUCAAGGGCGACCUGCUCGAGGGCGCCCAGGAGGCCGAGGAGAAUGCCGCCGCCCCCACCGUCUCGGUCACGACGCUCCGCAAGCGUGCCGACCCCAAGACCCUCUACCCGAACCUGCCCGCCGGCAACUACGUCGACACUGCCCAGUGGCCCGCCGGCAACUUUACUCCGGCCGACUUCCAGGGCUUCGCGCCGUACACGUCCGCGGCCAGCGGCGCGUCUGUGCCCGGCUGGACCAAGGCCUACACGGGCCUCAAGAGCGUGCGCGGCAACAUGCCCGGCGUGCUGAGGAUCAGCACCUACUCGACCUACGACCCGGCCGCCAUGGCCGCCAAGUGCAACACCAUCGCCAACUGCGCCUCGUUUGCCAUGUGGUACGAGAGAACGCCCACCGCCGCCCCCUCGGACGCCGUGCCCAACCCGCAGCCCGCGGUCGCGGUCAAGACGCUCUUCUACAGCUACCCGCUCAACGCCGCCGACGCGACCAACGACGGGCAGUGGCAGAAGAAGUUCUGGCGCACCCAGACCGGCGUCGCCUUCUUCAACAACAAUGCCUUUGCGCCCAAGAACGUGCCGGGCUACGCGUCGCCCGUCAGCCUGCCGGGAGCGAUCCACCUGCGCGACGCCCAGGUUGCGGCCAACGGAGGCGUCGACCCGCUCAUCGCCACCCCUGGCCCGAUGUCGGGAAUCCCGGACCCUGCCGUCUGCAAGGCGAUCUGCGACAAGUACACGGCCGACCCGGCCUACUUCAAUGGCAUCAAGAAGAACUGCAACGAGUUCAACAUCUUCCUCCUCGCGCUCAACGGCCAGGCGACCGGGUGGCAGUGCCAGUACUACACGGGCAUCUACGGCGCCGAAAUCGCCGACAACACGGGCGGCUACGAUGGCAAGGGCAACCACGUCCAGGUGAUCGGCAGCUGGACCUACAACGCCAGCCCGCAGCUGACGCCCUACGUCCGCGAGAGGAGCGCCGACUGCGGCCGCAAGAACAUCGAGCACCGCGGCAGUUGCACCCAAGUGCAGGACUGGUACGAGUACAUGGGCGACGACGCCGACACCGUCGGCUUCUACGACUACGACAACACGGACUUUACCGCUCGCACCAUCAACGGCUGGCAGAUCGCCAACCUAGGCUACAGCGAUGCGCUUCACGUCUGCGAAACCUACCCUAGAAACGGCGACGACCUGCGCAACUGGGUGGGCAGCUCGCUGCCCGGACCGCACUUCAUGGAGUGCUUCAGUAGCACCACCUGGAAUGCGCAGGGCUUUACGGCCGACCUCAUCUCGAUGACGUUCGUGCGCGACGCCACCAUCAAUGCCUACCGCAAUGGCGUUUUGGUCAGCAGCUUCGACGGCAAGCAGGGCACCAAUGUCGCGCUGCCCGCCGACUGGACCGGCAUUACGUCGUUUUCCAGUCCGAGUCUGCUCCGAUUCACCGACUUCAAGAUGGUGCGCCACUACGGCACCGUCCAGACGCGCUCGAUUGACUUUGACGCCACCGCCGCCGGGCUCUUGCACGCGCGCGACGACGCGACCAACCGGACCCUCGCCCUCGAAGGCACCGUCUACGAGAUCCCUCCCAACUGCCAGAUUGGCGCCGCCUCCGUAGGCAUUUGCGGCUCGGUCGUGACCGACCCGACGGUCAAGGCCGUCGAUGUCUCGACCGGCGACGUCGUCAGCGCCAGCGCCUAG